AUGCAGCUCUCGCUGCCGCUGCUGCUCUUCUCAACCUGCUGGUGGACCUUGGGGCCGGUAAAAAGUAUUCACCCAGAAUGCAGAAUGCAGCAGGAAAUCUAUCAAGAAGAAAAAAAGUGUAUGGAACGUUUAAAGAAUGCCAAUACAGUGAGUUCAACAGGAUGUGCUGGGAUCUGGGAUAACAUUACCUGCUGGCGUUCUGCAGAAAUUGGAGAAACUGUAACAGUCCCUUGUCCAAAAAUCUUCAGCAACUUUUUCAGCGAACAAGGAAAUAUCAGCAAAAACUGUACAAAUAAAGGAUGGUCAGAGAUGUUUCCACAUUUUUUUGUUGCUUGUGGAUUGAAAGAUAUUGAAGACAACCCGGUUUUCUAUGUUUGGCUGAAAGCGAUUUAUACCCUCGGACACAGUGUUUCUCUCAUUGCUCUGAUCGCAGGAAGCAUCAUAUUUUGUGUUUUCAGGAAACUUCACUGCACUCGGAACUACAUACAUUUGAAUCUGUUCCUGUCUUUCAUUUUAAAGGCAGUCUCUGUCUUCAUUAAAGAUGGAAUCCUCUUUUACGACACUAGCACAGAUAAGUGUUCAGAUCAUGCUUCUUGGGUCGGCUGCAAGGCUAGUUUGGUAUUUUUCCAGUACUGUGUAAUGGCCAAUUUUUAUUGGCUCUUAGUUGAAGGACUUUAUCUCCACAUCCUCCUCAUGGUCAUGUUCUCUUCUAACAGACACUUCACCGCAUAUCUCCUUACUGGAUGGGGAAUCCCUACAAUUUUCAUCAUCAUAUGGAUAAUAACUAGAGUCUAUCUAGAGAACAGUGGUUGCUGGGAUACAAAUGAGCAUAGUGCUCCUUGGUGGAUUAUACGAGUACCAAUCCUAAUUUCCAUUUUAGUAAAUUUUAUCAUAUUCAUUAGCAUAAUAAGAAUUCUGCUGCAGAAGUUAAGAUCGCCAGAUGUGGGAGGCAAUGAACAGUCACAAUACAAGAGACUUGCAAAGUCAACACUGCUUCUGAUUCCACUCUUUGGUGUUCACUAUGUGGUGUUUGCACUCUUUGGUGUUUCUGAGUACUACCAGAUGAUUUUUGAAUUAUGCCUGGGUUCUUUUCAGGGACUGGUUGUUGCAAUCCUGUACUGCUUUCUGAACAGUGAAGUUCGAGGAGAGCUGAAAAGAAAAUGGAGGAGCUGGUGUCUGAAUGAAAGAAUGAGCCGCGAUUACAAAAAUCACAGGUCUUCUGUUUUUCCAAAUGACUCAGAAAGUGGACCCCAAUUGCAUCGCAAUUCGGCCACCCAGUUUUCUUCUCAGUCCGAAACCUCGGUGAUAUAAGUCACCUAGGUGUCUACAGAAAAACUAUGGGGCACGUCCCUGGGUACAUAGUUCAUUCAUUGUGCUAUUUUCUAAUGUGUAGAGUUUGUACUCCACUUUAUCUGUAUGUCGAGAUAGAGGG